ACACUCUUUGUAGCCAUCUAGAAAGGAGUUUGGGUUGAUGGUGAAGUAUUAUGCUAGGCGUGGGGACAUGCAUCGUGCAAGAGAAAUCUUUGAGAAGAUGCGUUCUAGGGGAAUAGAACCUACAUCUCAUGUAUAUACCAACCUGAUUCAUGCCUAUGCAGUUGGUAGAGACAUGGAAGAAGCACUGACUUGUGUGAAGAAAAUGAAGGGUGAAGGACUUGAAAUGAGUUUGGUGACUUACAAUGUUAUCGUCAGUGGAUUUGCUAAAUUGGGCAAUGUUGAAGAUGCAGAGUCGUGGUUUCGGGAGGCCAAAGAAGAGCAUAUGACCUUAAAUGCUAUCAUAUAUGGAAGCAUCAUCUAUGCUAACUGCCAAACUGGUAAUAUGGAUCGAGCUGAAGAGUUGGUCAAGGAGAUGGAAGAAGAGGGUAUUGAUGCCCGAAUUGAUAUUUACCACACUCUGAUGGAUGGUUAUACAAUGAGUGGAAAUGCUGCAAAAUGUCUUGUUGUGUUUGAGAGGCUUAAGGAAUGUGGCUUUGCACCAUCAAUAGUCAGUUAUGGUUGUCUCAUCAAUUUGUAUACCAAGUCCGGGCAGGUUUCUAAAGCAUUGGAAGUCAGUGAAAAGAUGAAAUUGGCAGGCAUAAAACAUAACAUGAAGACGUACUCAAUGUUGAUCAAUGGAUUCAUAAAUCUGAAGGAUUGGGCAAAUGCCUUUGCCAUUUUUGAAGAUGUGAUAAAGGAUGGCUUGAAACCGGAUCUUCUUCUUUACAAUAACAUCAUUAGAGCCUUUUGUGGGAUGGGCAAUAUGGAUCGUGCCAUUCGUAUAGUUGAUGAAAUGAAAAAACAGAGGCUCAAGCCUAGUUCACGGACAUAUCUGCCCCUUAUUCAUGCUUUUGCAAAAGCUGGAGAAAUACAUAGAGCUCUCAGCAUUUUGGACUUGAUGAGGAGGAAUGGUUGCGCACCAACUGUCCACGUGUUUAAUUCUCUAAUUCAUGGACUUGUUGAAAAGUUCCAGAUGGAGAAGGCUGUUGGAGUAUUGGAUGAGAUGUCAGUAGCUGGAAUUAGUCCCGAUGAACACACAUAUACAACCAUUAUGCAAGGUUAUGCAUCAGUUGGUGACACUGGAAAAGCUUUUCAAUAUUUCACAAAACUGAAAUCCGAAGGUUUGGUCGUUGAUGUGUAUACGUACGAGGCUUUGCUCAAGGCGUGCUGUAAAUCGGGGAGGAUGCAAAGUGCUUUAGCAGUGACUAAAGAAAUGAAAGCUCACAAUAUCCCCAGGAACACCUUCAUUUACAACAUAUUAAUUGAUGGGUGGGCCCGAAGAGGUGAUGUUUGGGAGGCUGCUGAUCUUAUGCAACAGAUGAGACGAGAAGGGGUUCAGCCGGAUAUCCAUACUUAUACAUCUUUCAUAAAUGCUUCUUGCAAAGCUGGAGACAUGCAGAGAGCAAUGGAAACAGUUGAAGAGAUGAAGGCAGUUGGAGUGGAGCCUAACGUAAAGACGUAUACGACCCUCAUAAACGGGUGGGCCCUUGCAUCGGUCCCAGAGAAGGCUCUGAGGUGCUUUGAAGAAAUGAAGCGAGCGGGAUUGAAGCCUGACAAAGCCUCGUACCGUUGUUUGAUGACAUCAUUGGUGUCAAGAGCUUCUGUCACCGAAGACUACAUACUAACCGGCAUGCUAAAUGUUUGUGAAGAGAUGGUUGAUUUGGGCGUGACGGUCGAUAUGGGCACAGCUGUCCAUUGGUCUAAGUGCUUACGCAAGAUUGAGAGGACCGGUGGCAGCAUAACAGAAGCCAUUCAGAAGACGUUUCCUCCCGACUGGAAUGCACAUAAUAAAACUCCUACCGCAACUACUACUGAAAUCAAUUUCGAAGAUGAAGAAGGCUUAGACGGCUUCGAAUAUGAUUGAUUAUUUCCACCAUUCAAUAUGUGAUGAUGAUGAAGAUGAAAAGCUCUUCUGAUCAUAUUCUAGUACUGUUUCUGUAUUAGAACUUUUUUUAUGAUUAUUAUUUUUUGUGAUGGUCUCAGAGUUUGUCCAAAAAUGGUACAAGAAUAUGUUCAGUUUCCAACUUUUUGCUAGUGCUGGAUAUAUGUAGUAGUAAAAAGCUGUUUGGUGG